AUGGAGGACGAUGCGCCCAGCUCUGCGCGAGCUGACCGUGAGGUCAAGGGAGAAGACGAGGCUGGAGACGUCAGGAUGACCGACAGCAAGCCCACAUACAAAUCCUGGAAGAAGAAGUAUCGCAAGAUGCGCAUCAAGUUCGAGAAGAUCAUGCAGGAUGGCGAGGAUCUAUAUCUCCAGGAGCAGAGAGGGCUGAAGAGAGCCAAGGAGCUCGCCAUAGAGAACGACCGCCUUCUUGACAUGCUGCUCGACAUGAACAACUCGCAUCAAUGGCCGACAGACAAGCGCAUCGAUGUGAGGCUCGACGUUUCAGACGACGAGAAGCUGGACAUCGAUGGGAAAGACAUAUCUGGCCCGCACCCACAGAAGUCGCUCAAGGGUCUCCUCCAAGAUAUACCGCAUUUGGAUUUCGACGCCGUAUCUGCCCGUUUCCCAGAGCAGGUCGCGGAUCUGCUUGUCGGCACAGAGUCUCCUGCCGCCGAUGCCGCACAUCAGCAACACCCGCCGGCCUUCCUGACUGGCGAUGACAUUGACAACUACAUCUACCUGGUGGAUCUACAGAACGAAGCAAAGGCAAAGGAUCGAGGCGAGGAGUUUGACAUGUUACCGACGCUGGCGCCCCUGGCGCGUGACGGUACCGCUGCGGCUGCCAAUGGCUCCAGCGCCGCCCUCGACGCAGGAGCAUCAGGCACCGGCCGCGAUGCGGUCCUGCGCAACCCGACGAGCGUGUACAACUGGCUGCGGAAGAACGCACCCAAGACGUUCCUGCAGGACGGAGAGCAUGCGGCAGCCGACAAGGAGAACGGCCAUGACGACGACCACGGGCGGUCUACCUCGCGAGCAGGGCGCAAGUCGGGCGCGGACCGCGGCAGCGGCAGCACGCGCGGCGGACGCAGCUCCAAGCGCUCAUCGGCCGCUCACGGCAGAGGCAAGCGCCACUCCAUGGACGAGUCGAUGGACUACGACGAGGACAUGAGCUUUGAAGUGAGCACCCCGACGACGGUGACCGGGGGCGGCAAGGGGAAGCGCAAGCGCCAGGUGGAUGACGAUCCUGGAUACCGCCCGAAGGGCGGUUCGAGCAGGCCUACCAAGAAGAAGCGCAAGAGCGUGGGAGGAGACGGCGACUUCCCUACGCCUUCGACGGGUAAGCGAGGCUCGCGCAAGAGCAACGCUUCUAUUGUGGCGGAUGACACCGGUGGUCUUGAUGAUUAA